AUGUUCAAGCCAACAUUGGUGCUGGUCAUUGCACUGAUAUUGCCUCUUGUAUAUCAGCAGCUGCUGAACCUCCUGAACAGAAACACAAUCCCGCUACAUGUGCUACGCUACUAUGUCCAACAUCCCCUCGACGACGUCACCAUCAAAAUUCCAGUAUACAUCGAGUCUUCAGAUCUGCGAUUUCUCGACGUCGGAGAAGCCAUACACAUCCAGACCCUCGGGAGACUGCGAGAAACAGAGCGCACACUGCCCGAUGUGCAGUUUGAUUUCUACGAAUACACUAAUCAGACCGAUGCUCUGCUAAUGAAAUUUUUCAUCAGCGACGGCAACGGCAUUUACGUGGACGCCGUCGAGGGGUACGCAGCGCUUUUCUACACGCUGGAGGCGGUGGACGCCAACGAUGUGCCGUAUUUUGGCACGCAGCUGCUGCUGGAUCACUGCUACAACGACGAGAUCAAGAAUUACGUUGCAGACAGUUUUCUGCAGCUGGUGGACCACGACUCGAAUAACCACAGCUUUUUGCACCACUGGCAAUUUGAGACCUCCUUGCAGGACCCUCUGCGGCUUGUGUUUGUCAUGUUGAGUGCCCAAACCAACUGGGAAGUUGAGCAGGCCGUGAAAAUGCAUCUGGAGCCCGUUCUCAGCAUCCUGUCCAACUACACCCUGGAAUUUUUGCAUGUGGAUGAGGACGUCAAGUCGCCGUCCCGCUACAUAGACGAACAUUUCCCCGAAGAGCUGUCUGUGUUGCCCAACUUAGCAGACUUCUAUCUCUCGCACAACAGCUCCAAUUCCACAAUAUACCUCGUCUACUAUCCGUUUGAGCUGACAGACCACUCGAUCCGCACCAUGUCCGUCGACAACCAUAGCAUCUACUCCAGCAAUGAAAACACGUUUCUCAACAUAAAAUCGUGGGGAUCCGUCUAUUUUGCGCACACCGAAAGCUACCACGGCUACGUUCCUGCGCUGAAUCUGGCCGACUGUAUGUGGUCAUUUGCAGAAACUGUUCUGGAUCACUAUCAUUUUCCAAACGAAAAUAUGGCGCCGGCUCUGCGCAUCCAGAUGUACAAGCGGAUUGCCACGGUCAAGAACCUGACAUACUUUAGCCACAGACUUUCUCAGGUAGUCGGGUGGCUGGAACGCAACACUCUAGACAGUUUUCUGGGCAGUGCAAUUCUCGACGCUUUCGAUCGCCGGGAGCAGGUAAAAGAAAAGCUGCAAAAUUACGACUACGACGCAGCGUUGCAAAUCAGCGCGGACAUGGUGGCCAUGUUUGACAAGCAGAUACAGAAUCUUGAUUUUGGAAAUAUGGAAAUAAUCGCGUGA